AUCCACUAAAUUUCCGUGUGUAAACUUCACACCCUCUCUCACCCUCUCACUCGCCUAACACUUAUACCUACUCGUCUUUCAAUCAUUUCAGGCUUGAUUGAGAGAUAAAGGACAAUAAAGGAAAAUAAAAGUCCUAUUGACUAACGACGUAUCCUCGGAAGCGGCUUUUCAACUUCGAGCCCCCUGUCCGUCGUAUUCAUUCAUCUCCGAUUCCGCACUUUAUCACGUCGCUCACACGACUCUUGACAACUAAACGCGUGCAUCGUGCAAACAGGCCUGUCAACGUAUUAUACACCCAGCAAACAAAUCCCACCAUACAGAUUGGAUACCGUUGCUUUGGUUCUAAAUCAAUUCGAGAUAUCUAAAAUAUUAAUUACCUUUGAUCUCUUUCUUCCCCUCCUCAUUCGGCCAACUCGAUCUGAUUGCCAAUCGCCAUACCUGCAUCAUUCGACCCUCAUUAUUGCGUUGUCUUGCAUUGCCCAGACACCACCUAACUAGGCAAUUUGGCGUCCACUUCAAUGUCUUCCCACGCCAUGGUCAACGCAGCGGAAGGCUCUAGCCAUUGGAUGGGAGCCUGUUAAAGGACGGUCUGGUGGUUUCCGGCCCUAGGUAUUGUUGAUUACAUAUCCGUACUCGACAUUCAGGGCUUUUGAACUACCGGAUCCAACAUGUUGGGCAAGCUUUUUAACUUGACUUCGGGAACCACCGGAGGCGCAAAUCCUCCAGAAGGGGCCACGCCAACCAAGCCAUCUCCUGAAUCGGUCCAGGAAGAGAUCCAUACACGCUGCCUCUUAUUUCCAGAUACGCAGGCACUCUAUUAUCGUCAGGAUCAGGUCUUCCCUUUAUCUUCUGCGGCAGGCGUCCAGCCCGGGGUUUCCGCCAACCCCUUUGACUAUGAUGGCGAUAUCGAUAUUGAUGUACGCGAUGUUCGCGUUAUAAUAAUGCAAGAUACCCUAGGCUCAGUUAGCCCCUCCUUAUUAUUCGACAGCCAUCCUGCUCCAUCAGCUGGCUCGCCAAGCGAUCGGCCACAGCCGCCAAGUGCAACUUCUUCCUCACAGUCCUUGAUGCAGGAUCUCCGACGAGUGCCUACCUCUCCACGGAAAAGCAGUCUAGGGCAGUCUUCAAGACCAUUAGUUAUUCAGCCAGGUAGUCCCCAACCCCGUCAAGGUGCAUUCGACCGACGAGGAUCUAUUCAGUCCCGCGCCUAUACUGCUGCGGAGACUGAUUCCCAAAAGGCGGCUAGGGAGUACCGCGAAGAGCUCGCUAGCUUUUCGAGCUGUAUCUUUGCCAACUCGGAAGUCAUGUCUUAUAAGGGGACAUCGACUAAGGUCCAUAUUAUUCCAAGUGAGCAGCGACCAUCUGGAAUUUCUAGCUCAUAUAUGGGAGACGGCAGGGGGUCGAUGGGGAGGUCGAGUAUGCGGUCAAGUAGACUGGCACAAUCCUUCACAUCUGAUUCGGCACAUACACAUUUCCAACCCUUCUCUACAUCUUCUCGGCAGCAGGAUCGUAACAAGAUCCUGGUGACUCGAUUAUUCCCAGUGAACUUACCGAACGACGAUCCCGAUUCGCCUAGCCAGAUUACAUCACCCCAUAGCCGGCUUUCUGAUGAUAGCGGGGGCUUUCCGUUUCCGUGUUCCCCAGACGAAAACAAGCUGAACAAGAAGAAGUCGAAGCCCGUACAAAAGAGGACACCCAUGUAUGCCGUUGCUUUAGUAUUGCAACUUCCGCAAUGUCCGAACGCAACACCGGCAACGGCACCGAAGCCCAUGUUUCGAGGACCCAGCUCUUAUAACGAGCAAGACACUUUCCCUUCUUCUUACGGAUCCGCUCGCCGAUCUGGAUGGACGAUGGUCGGCUCUGGGUUCGGUUCGGAGUCGUUUGAAUCAACGUACUGUAACGAUAUCGAGGAUCGCAUGGAUGCGAUAACUCAACAUUGGGAUAUCAUUAUGAGAACUCUUACUCACCUUCAAUCUGUUGUAGCCACCACACUAAUUCCGAUGUUAAAGCAAGUGGAUAUGGCAGCGCCAGAUCCAUAUCCCUCAAGCAUAUCUGCACAGAUCGCCCGAACAACAUCAGUCAAAGGUCGAAGGGGCUCCGACGGCUCUCAGAUGAAACCAUCUAAGACAAAUGCGAAGUUAGUGGCACUCCCGCCGAGCUGCUUAGCACAGGACCAGCGCAUAAGCGACGAAAUAGAUGAUGCUAAAAUCCGGAUUGUAUCGGGACUUCGGGCCACUAGGGUUGUUACGGGCCAGGGUCGUUGGGGUCCGUGGCGGGAAGAGGCGAGAUGGGUUGCGAAGUGGGCCGGGACCAAAGAGCAAGGCUUUUUCUUCUUUAAUCUGUUGACAGCAUUCUUGGCGACGCACACCGAAUGGCUUCAAGCAUUAAGUCCCGUUUGGUAUAGGAGAAGACGGUACCAACAGCAGAAGGUUAAAAGCGAGGAAGAUACAUCCUUACCGUCGCGAACGAUAAUAGUUGCUAAAGAUAAGAUGGCUGCGAGGAGGUUGAUAUUUUUACUCUCCGCCUUCCUGCCGGCUAACCAGCAGCUGCCAACUGUUCGCGCUCAGCGCCCGGCCACUUCUGCGUCGGCUGCCGCCUUUGGCCAUUCGCCGCCGUCGUACAUUGUGCCGAUCAACAAGGAAGAGUCUCUGCGCCGGAAAAUUAAUCGUCGGCAAGGACCCAGAGGUGCUUCUCACACCAGGAGUUUCAGCAUUCAAUCGCAAGCUACGACGAGAUCGGUGACUGGUAUUCCUGCGCAGCUCGCUCACCUUAGUAUGGAGUCCUCUAAUGCAGAGCGUCGAUCGUCUGAUUUCAUUAAGCCAGCAAAUCUCCUCAUUGCCGGAAACGACCAGAACACGCGAAAGAGCAGUGCCGCAACAGCUAAUACCGUAGUCCCCGAUUCGGCCAUUCCACAUUUCUCUACGAUACAUCGAAGCAACACAGGCCGCGGAGGCCGACCUGGUAGUGGGAGCAGUUUUGCUGCAGAUGACCUGAAGCGGUCGCUUAAGAGAGGUGACAGUAUCGGCCAUGCUAGCCAUGCAAGCACAGACUCUCGCCAAAGUUCGCGAUGGGGCAGUGUGAUCAGUGGUCUAUGGAGCGCAAGACGACGAGAUUCGACUGCUACGACGUCGCAAAUUCUGGACAUGCCAGCUCAUCGCGACAGUCCGCUCUCCUCGCCUACACAAGCUGCCCCUAGUGGGAAGGACAAGCUUUCGGAGAUGGUUAGAGAGGCCCAACUUCUUGAUGCGAUUGCGAACCAAUCAACAGAUCGUGAUCCUACAUUGGUCCAGCAGCCUGAUACUCCGCGAAGGAUGGAGGAAAAGCAGUUUGAACCUCAGUCGAGAACCCCGGAUCCGUUAGGCGCAUACGAAUCACCGGUGAAAACAUCUAUCAACAAUGACGACGGAGUAAUAGAUGUUGAUGUUCAAUUCCCAGACUACCUCACUUCAUUUGAGACCGCUGUAAGCUCACCAUCCAGCAGUGGUUAUCUCUCAACCCCCGGGCUGGGUAGUGGACUCGACGGCUUUGAACAAUUCUCGAGACUAGCUAUUGACGGCGAUGCUCCCUUGAACGUUGCGGGGUGGCUUAAGCGCUUCCAUCCUGACUUUACGCUUCAGGCGAUCCCGCCGCAAAAUAACCUCUUAGACGAAGUACGAGAAUCUCUAGCUGCAGAACCUACUCCUACAAUUCAUCUCAACUCCGGCCCAGAAGAUUGGCCCACGGAGCACUGGGUUGACGUAAGCACCGCUAUCAUCGCCGAUACGACUAAUUUUACUAUAAAGCGGCUUCGGUACCGCCGUCUAGUAAAGCCUAAGCUACCGGUCGAUCGAAAUAGCACAAAUUUCUUGACGCCGUAUGGCUCGUCCUUGAUGACACCAGCGCUGUCGCCUUACGAGCAACCGAUUCAAGAUAAGGUCGAGGAAGAGGAAUUGUUCAGCUUUGACGAAGCUCUUAUUGAUGCUGUUGAGAGAGUUAUCGCCCAUAGCAGUGAUGUGAGCAAGGGAACUUCGACUGCGUCUUCGCGAUCUACUAGCAAGCGAAGAGGGAGAAGGGAUAGUGAAGUUUCUCAGAUGACGGAGCAAGAGACGCCAAAUUUCCCUAUCGAUUUCCAAGAGGUACCACGCGCAGAAUGCAAGGUGGUAGUCUUGUCCGCAUUAUCAGGGAUCGUACAAGACGUGGUGGAUCAACGCGAGAGGGAGAGCCAGGGAACAAGCUCAAACACGCCCUAUGAGAUAAGCCGCGAGAAGGAGAGCACUUUACGAACCGCCGUUCGAACGUGGCUCGAAAGUGUGGAAAUCACUGACGGUUGACCUUCCGGAUCUUGGGCUACCUCUGUGGAAGGAUACAAGAAAUUAACUUGUCCGAGGAGAGGCCCUUUUAAUGAUAAACGACCACUAAUGACCUAAUUUAUUUUGUCUUUUGU